CAAGCAACGCCUGGUACCGGUAAUGUACAUGUACCUUGCAGGCCUGGUGUCCGUGGUGUCAAACUUAUUACAAUUUAGUUCAGCAGUUUGGUGCACCUUCGAGAUCCUCUUACCGAAGCUAUUGCGAUGGAUCCUCGCAUGUGGCAUUCAUUAUGUUCUUUGCCAGACCCCAUUCAACGGAAGACUUCGCAGUUGGAUUGAUGGUACCGGUAGGCUUUUGAAACGGGGGUCUAGAUAGACUGCUUCCCACACUUUGUUAUGAAUGCGGCCGCUUCCACAGAGCUUGGUUUGGUUCCAUUGAAAGCUGAAAAUGUUGACCGCCGUUGCUUUCAUUUUGUCAUUGGCUCUCGCCCUUGCUUCUUGGACCCCUGUCAAUGGACAAGACAUUGUCCGAGUCGAGGGACGUCGUUCCAACUUGAUAGACGUAUCGCGUUUGGGGGAUGGCUACGAUCUCUAUGAUACCAGUCAUCUCGAUGUACAGCUUCUGCCGGGAGGACCUGUAUGGAUGAUUGAAAAGUUGCGGGGUAGAUCCGAUGGCCUCAUUCCCUUCCAUGGAAAGACUUCUGACGAAAAGAUCACAGCAGACUUUUAUAAGUACAUUGCGCCGGAUGGAGACCAAAUACUCACUGGUCAUGUCCAUGACAACAAGAACAGUGUUGCCUACGACAUUUCGAGGGACGAAAGUGGGCAAUACGUUGUCAAGACAACCAGACCCAAAGAUGUUCCCCAUCCCGGCAGUCCACGAAUUACGAAGACAACAAGAAAUAGUCGCGAACUAGAAGGCACCAGUUCAGUUGAUCCUGUGCCCGAACAAGAUGUAUCAGCAGUGACAAUAGACCUCAUGGUCAUUUGGACUCAAAACGCUGAGUGCGAGCUCUCUAAAUUGCCUUUGGGUUGUGCGGUCACAAGCACCACGGAAAACACCAUGAUUGCGCGAGUCGACGCGCUUGUGGCAGAAACCAAUCAAAUCCAUGUCAAUUCAAACACGGGCGUCACGUACAGCCUUGUUCACCGGCAACGAGAUACCAGUGGCUACAAUUUUCCGGAAAACGAUAUCAAUGCUGCCCUUGACGACCUUACGUUCAACAAUGGCACUGAUGAUGGCACGAAGCUAACUUAUGUGAAGGUACUGAGGGAAACUCACGGGGCGGAUCUAGUGCACCUCUUGAUUGAAUAUCCAGACCAGAGUCAAGUACCUGGAAUUGCCUUUAUGAACAAUAAUACAGAGGCAAAGGAUCAAGAGUUGGGCUUUGGCGUGACCCGAUGGCUAGACUUGGGAAACUACGUUUUCGCUCAUGAGCUGGGUCACAAUAUGGGGUGCAAUCACGACCGGGGGACGAACGUAGACCAAGGAAAUCCUGGUGGUUGUACCGACCCACAGACCAAUACUGGGUAUGUACAUCCUGACGGAGAUUAUUUCACCGUCAUGGCAUAUGCAUGCAGGACAGGCCUUUGUGGUUAUUCUGGUACUGGUGAUUGUCCUAUUAUCCCCUAUUUCUCAGAUGGUGGGACCUACGGAGGACCCCUCAACAACAAUGUUGCCGAGAUCAGAAAGAAUAAGAAAGUCAUUGCAGCUUUCAGAAAGACACCUGGGUCAACCCCAGCUCCAACUGCAGCUCCAUCCCCAAUGCCCGCCUGCAGCUCACUUGCUGCUGCUGUUGGUUAUUAUUUGUUUUCAGAUUGGUUUUGGUAGGAAGUCUCUUCAGCCAAGGCUGGGGGGAGCCAUGUGAUGACCGAGGUGUACAUGUCCCAUCUCUUAUGCAGUAAAACCAAGCAAUGCCAUUUGGGAUACAGGUAGAAUCAUGAUAGAAAGAAGAAGAAGGCAACCAAUCACAAAGGGAGGAGGAUCACCAUUGCAAUAUCAUAGUUCCAACCAUCUGGACAACUUGAUUAGAUCUACUAGGUGAGGUACAUAGAUUGCCGUGUCAUUCCCAAAACAAACACCACAGAAGUUCAGAAGUUUAUUCUCUCCGCGAAAUGAGUUUUGCCGGUGCACGGGAGCAGCUCGACGGCUCCAUGGCCGCGGUGCCACGGCGGUGAAGCUUGAAAGCGCAAAAGCUGCACAGAAACCCGCCUAGUUUCACGCGAAUACCAAGGGCAUCUAUACGUUAAAUCUAUGGAAUCAAAAAGAGUCUCAUCCAUAAGUACCGUAGACUGUCUUCUGUCUACUCACC